AUGGAAUUCCUCAAGACUUGCAAGACUAACGUGCAAGCUGUCGGCGAAUUUGAAGCUGUCGCAUACCAGGCAUUCUCACUCAAAAGAAUAACAACUACCUCUCCGAAUCCGUUAGAUGAGAAAAGAGGCCCAUCUGAGGAUCUGAGCACUGUCGAAAGCACUCUUAGGCAAGCCCGCCAUUUAGUUUUCCAUGACACUGCGCGCUCAUGGCUCUGGCUAUUCCGGCCUACGACGCCAGACAAGGCCACGCAGACCUCUGCAGCAUCUCCUGUCCUCGAAGGGUAUGAAUUUCAUGCGGAAAUAUCAGGAUUGGCGAGGGCUGCUGAACUCGCACGAGCACCCGCACGACCUUCUAAUCCCCCAAACUCUGCGACCUCGACAAAUCCUCCUCCAAGCGCUCUUCGCGCCAAUCAGGCAGGAAAUCUGCGUGCCACACAGGCAAAUUCUCAAAUUAGCCUUGCGUUCAGCGGAGGUGGCGAGCCACAGCAGUACGAUAUUUAUGCUAUAUAUGAGCUACUCAUGUCAUCAGUUGUUGCAUCUAUAUCGUACAGUCUAGCUCGAGACCAUGGAAUGAUCCCUUUGAACUAUCGGACUUUCGCAUCAUUUUCGAUCGCUGAGCCUCCCGCAAACAGCUUUGAGUCAGACUUCGCAGACAAGCCAUCAUGGUUGACUUCUCUGGAUGUACAUUGGACCAGUGCCGGGUCCCUUGUGAUAUCCACCAUCUCGAAGUGGCGACCUGAUAUGCACCAAUUGAGCAGCCCUAUUGGUAGCGGCUCUGUGGGACCGCCAAUAUCAAAACUUAAGCCAGGCAGUGUUCUCCGAAUUGCACCGAAUGGUAUACUAGCUGUUUUCCUUGGGUUUGAGCGCUCAGGACUAACUGACGGUGACGACGAGAACGUCAGAGAGCAACGAAAACGGCCAAGAAUCAGGAAUGAAGUAGACGACAUCCAGAAAUGGAAAAUCUACACCAAUAGUUGGCUAGCGAGAAAGGGCCUAGGUUCAUUUGUACAUGACUAUAACACUAAGCCUUGGGCUAGGAUUCAAAUUACGUCCGACACCAUACCGUCUGUGUUGGAUAGUCCAUCCCUCGCCAACCAAGCUUGCGAACUGCUUUGGCCAUCCGGCCUAUGUUUUUCUUACGACGCUUCCAUGCAGAGAUGGGACCCAACUACUUCAGUCCGUUCUCCUUCAGGACUUGAAGACUAUUUCACUUCACCAAAUUCCGUGGACCAGGGCUUGGAUUGGUUUCAGACGCCUGAGUCGAUAGGAUAUCAAGAUCCGUUGGACGUGGCGCAGCAAUGGUUUUGUGAUAAACCAGAAAGGGACAAAGCGCAAGAAGCUCGUAGAAAGGCUCAACAAGCUGAAGAGGAGGCCCAGACCAAGGAUGAUUCUAAUGCGCUAUAUCCUUCAUCCCCACUAUAUUCCAGGUCUGGAGCGUGGGGCGAUCUGCAGGCGGUGAGCGGUGUUUAUCCAACCCCACCGGAUGGAGUGGCUCCCCAAGGCCCUGUCGCCUCCUCUGGGGGUGAUAUUCCUCACAUUUCAGGUCCAAUCGGUAGUAUGGAUGGAAUGCUGUCUCAAGACUCGAACCCGCGUUCAUCCGAUCUUCCAGGAACAGUUGACACUGACGGCACAGGACUUCUGGGUAUGCCUGAACCGUCGCCCAAACUCUCACAUCCUUUCGAUUCACAGCCAGAUAUAAACUUCAGUUCUUCCCUACAUGGAGGAAAUGACGAUUUAUUUGAAGAUAUGGACGAAGACACGUAUGAUGGGAAUGGAGUUACGGACGCUGAUUUCAAUUUCUUUGACGAGCCAGAUGGUGACGACUUUGGCGAUAUGGAUGGUGUGGAGGAAACGAACGACGACGCGCAACCCGAGGAUUUGCCACAAAACCAAACCGAAGAGUCUCAUGACCAGAAGGAAGACGCAAAAGUGGACCCUGCCCCUGAAUCUGCGGUUCUCGCCGGCAAUGCCACCGACCGACAUCUGGAUCUCAGGCCUGGAAAACGAUUGCAGUCAGAUCCCCAUCAGCAGGGAAACGCCGAAGAGAAAAUUGGAGAGGAAAUCACUCGCGUUCUGGCUGUGGACGAGCCAAUAAUUCAGAGUCCAGAGCAGGAAGAGCAUGUCCCCAGUCCACCUCUGAGUCCAAAAAUGAUCAUAAAAAAGCUUCUUCCGCGGCAUGAUGGUAUGCCCGAUCAAGCUACUUCUCAAGGUCGGCACCAAACUCCUGCGAAACGUAAGGGGAGCAUUUUUGAUCCCUUGGCUUUCAACCAGAGUAUGAGUCUCGCAGACUCCAAAUACAGCGACGGUCGAUUUCAUUUUCCUGAAUCGGAUGGAGGAGAUGCUUCAUCCUCAACACCUAGCAAGUCCAAGACACCCCUCUUGAAACACCAGAAGCCCACUUCCCAACGUUUCUCGGUCUUGUUGGACCUACGCGGGUCCUUAGGCCGGACUGAGACCAUCAUGGAGGAAAAACUCCCUCUGGAUGAAGGCGACAUCAGCGACACUUCGAGUGGCGACUUGGACUCCGAGCCCGAAGCCCGAUCUCCUAAGCUCGAUCCUUUGCCAAUAGCCCUCUCAUGGCCGACAAAAAGGAAGUGGAUUGCUGACGAGACUGCUACUCCUAUGUCCGCUACGUCAUUUGCAGACUCUAGGCUUGGUGGGGAUAAUACCGAGCAUAUUCUUGGCCGACCUCUGCUCCAAACCGAUCAAGCCUGUCUUGGAGGCUUUGAACCUAGUCCAUGGGACUGGUCGCUAGCCAACAUGCCUUCUCCGAUAGAAGGACAGGUCUCGACUGCUCGAGCAGACUUGGCCUUUCCUUCGCCAGGCCUAUCCCCAAUGCCCACUACACUUUCCCAAAUUGAAAUCUCUCCUUCUGACGAGAAGGUCCCGUUGAGUGGCAAGGACAUGAUAGCGGUCGCUCAGAUUCUAACUGAUCAAAUUGUUUCAUCGACGCUCGACAUUCUUAAUGAGGAGGUUAGCUUUGGUAACGGUCCUAGUUUUGGUCGCCUACUGGAAGCAGGAGAUGCCCUUGACCCUACGAAAACUGUCCAGGAUACCGCCAAGCAGCUUUUCGAGAAGGCAGUUGAUUGCGACGUUACAAAAUUCGUGUGCGUCCAGGACGUCUUUCCUGAUAUUCCCCAGGCUGGAAAAGGACAUCAACCGAAGGCGGUCCCCCGGAGAAUGAAUACAUAUGGACAAGGGGACGGCACCGGCUCCCCGGGACAUCUGAUCUACCCCGUCGCUUCUCCUCAUAUCCGCGUUCGACGUUCAGAUGCCCUGUGGGACCUUCUUCCGACUGCCCUAUCGUUUUGGGAACCGUUGGGUCUAGCUCCGACCAGCGGGCCUAAGAACAUCAUAACGUAUUGCGUGUACCCAUACAGCGAGUCACUUACAGCUCGAGUAGAGACGUUUUUGAACAACCUUGGGAUAGUGUACGAAGGUUGCAAACUGGGAACCCACGUUCGAAGCGAUGCCAUCGAAGAGUUCAAGGGAGGCCUAGUCCCAACGCAAGUCACAGGCCCAGCUACAAAACGCAGCGUCUUCCAAGAAUUACGGGAGACAUGCCGUCGACUUGGAGACGAGCUCUCGCAGUCGUAUCUGGAUAUGCGUGAAAAAGAUGACACCUCGAAGAUUGAUGCUUUCGUCAUAUAUAUGAUCGACCCGUUUGCAGAGCCGGUUGCACUUUGGGAGCUCUGCUCUGCAUUCUGGUCAUUAUUCGGAUCGUAUGGGCAAGGAACUCAAGCUAAUACCCCGAGACCUGAUCUAGUACUUCAAAUCAUACCGAUGAAGUACAUUGCCUCUUUCAACGCACCAGUAGUACUAGAGCCUGCCACUCUCAUGAAUCUCGCUCGCGAGGUAUACGACAGAUGUCCUCCAAAUGCGGUCAACUCCGACAAGACACCUUUGAGCAUCUUCUCUGCUCCGUCCAUCCAGUUGGAGGAGGCCUUACCGAGGAGCAUUCAGUUCAAGCUUGCUUCGGAUCCUCCCGCUGACCUUCUGCGGGAAAACUCUUAUAUGCAUCUCGGAUAUGCGAUCAGCUUGGACGGUGCAUGGAUAACAGCGGCAUGGACAGACAGCUGUGGAAAAUCACAGGCGGUGGUGUCGUACAACUCGAAAGGACGGCCUUUCAACGAAAUCGCACGGGAGAUCUGGCAGACAACUAUCGAAAUCCUACACAGCAGGAGAGUAACCUGGCGCAUAUGCAUCGCCAAGGCGGGCGUGAUGGAGCGUGAAGAGAUCGAAGCAUGGAUCCUCCUCGCCUCCUCGCCCACCCAGCUCAACCUGUUCAUCACCCUUCUGACCGUCGAUGCCAACCCGCCACUCUCGUUUACUCCAACUCUCCCUAGCAUGCCCACCGCCGCUCCCUCUAGAGAUCCAAACGCCUCCACACCAGUGUCCACGCCCCAGCCCGGCGUCUCCCCCGACCAACACGGUCUCACGCCCGCGGCGACCCCUUCCGACGCCGUAGACCCUAGCGCAGACCCAGACGCCCGCCUCGUCGACGUCACCGAUGAAACCUGGGGUCUCAUCCUCUCGCACCGCCUCCACAACUCCCACUCCACCAUCGACUACCGGCCCGCUCUCAUCAGCGGGCUACUCGUCAAACGCGGGUCCGGCUCCACCUCACCCUCUACCUCUCCCACCUCCCGUAGUCCCCUCAUCAUAAACGUCAACAUCCUCUGGGUCGGCGCAGUCGGCGGCACGCGCGCUGCUACAUCUCCGUUUCCAGCGACUCCUGGUGCUGGUGAUGGUGUUAACCUAGGGGCGGGGACGGAAAGGAGUUCAAGUAGUAUGAGUUGGACGAGUACGGCACAGAGCCGCAGCACAGCGGAAAAUCUGCUGAAGGAAGUGCUGAGCCAGUUCCGGGGAUUGGGGUUGUUGGCACGAUUGAGGGGCGUCAGGGGAUGUAGACACGGUGUUGUGCCGUGGCAUGUUGCGGUAGCCAGGAGGGGAGUAGAGGGGGUGGGAAGGUGUGUGGAUUGA